AUGAGUGACACUAUCAUAACCAGAGCUGACGACCUCCCAGAGCCAAAAGAGCUCGCCGAAGCCUACGAGCUCGAACUGCAAUCCCAGAAUGGCCGAUCGAUCCGGUUCGGCGAGCUAGUUGCAGGAAAAGGAGCCCAGAUCACGACGAUUGUGAUUUUCAUCCGUCACUUCUUCUGCGCAUAUGAUCAGGACUACGUUCGCGUGGUCUCGCCGCGUCUCACUAACUUCGUCCUCUCGACGCUCCCCAACCCCACUGGUCCAUCACAGCUCAUCAUCAUCGGCUGUGGUGACUCCCAACGCAUCGUCCCUUAUGUAUCGGAGACUGCAGCCGCGUUCCCCAUCUACACGGACCGCACGGGGAAGAUCUACAAGAAGCUGCUCAUGAAGAGGACGACGUCACACAUCACUCAACCGCCCUCUUAUGCGCAGGUCUCUUUCUUCGGUGCGCUUGGGAAGACAUUCGGACAGAUGUUUCGGAGUGGGUGGCAGGCUUUUCGAGGGGGGAGCUGGAGCCAGAACGGCGGCGAGUGGGUGUUUCGAGGGGGCAAGAGUUUCUAUGUCCAUCGGAUGGAGCAUGUCUCGGAUCAUUUGACCGCGGACCGAUUGCUUGAAGUGCUCAGCCUUGAUGAGCCGGCUCAAACGAAGUAG